AUGGGCGUCCUUGCUGCAACUCUCGAAGCCAUCGAUGGUAUUUCCUCUGCAUAUAGGAAACAUUGGGAGAAAAAGUACCCGUCGACGGUCAAGUUUCUGCCUGGAGGCUUCGUUCUCAAAGGCAGUCCGGCCCGCGGGGUAAACGAGGGCGAUGUUGUGCGGUUCAUCAGACGACAAACUUCGAUUCCCGUCCCGCGAGUUAUUGCAGCUGCGCAGAAUUCCAGAGCGUACUUUCUCAUGCGCCGCGUACCAGGAGAUCCUCUUGACCUCGUCUGGGCUCAUCUGGACAGUAAACAAAGGGCCAACAUAGUCCGACAACUGCACCACUUUAUCUCGGAGUUGCGCACCCUUUCCUCUCCUCACGGUGGCGCGGUCUGCGGGCUCAACAAUUCGGUGUGCAAGGACGGGCGAGUGAGAUCAUUGCCGUUCGGCCCUUUUCCUGACGAAAGUGCCUUCAAUGAUCACCUUAUCCGUGCCGCGGAGCCUUUCAUGGACGAGACUCAGCUUCCUGGAAUUCGUGCGCAGAUGGUUGAUAGCCAUCGCAUCGUGUUCACGCACGGCGAUCUUGCACCUCGAAACAUCAUGGUCAAAGGGGAUGUCGUGACAGGGAUCAUCGACUGGGAGCACUCGGGUUGGUAUCCGGAGCAUUGGGAAUAUAUCAAGGCGUUGUACGCCCCGAUGAUGAGUCAGGAGGGGAAGGAGGCGGCGGAAUCGUGGAAGGUGGCGGUGAAGGAGAUUAUAGCCGUGGAUUAUGAGAGGGAGCUGGCCGUCGAUAUGCGCAUGACCAGUCAGAUGCAGUAUGCCCUUUGAUCGAAGCUUCGCCAGAGAAAAACACGCAAAGUGUGAAUAUGUUGGGAAUACCGUCUUAAAUAAACCAGAGAGGACACGACGGCGUUUUGUGGUGAUGUGUAGCAUUGUCGUGCAGGACCUUUUAUACUGCUGCCAGGUCAAAUGGGUAUGUUAUUGGCUCAAUAUCAUCGCGGACAGCUUAAUCUAUAUAUCGCCAGGAGUCGUUCUAAGAGAAGGCGGCCUGCCGCGGGAUCAAUUAUAUUGACCUAUGCCGUCAACGCCGCGAUCCGACGAUUCUCCUCUUUCAUUUCAGACUCAUGUUG